AUGGAUGUGGUGAUAUUGAACAAUAUUGGAGAUAAAGACCCAAAGGAGGUCAAGCAGUUGGUACUCGACCAACGGCGUGUUCAGAAACUAUCAGAUCUUAGAGAGUUUACAGAGUUGGAGAUACUCUCACUAAAUAACUGUAGUCUGCAGACGAUAGAGACACUUCCCGUACUGCCAAAACUAAAGAAGUUGGAAUUGAAUGAUAACCGAAUAUCUGGAGGAUUGAAUGUACUUGAACACUUUGCAAAGCUUGGAUCAUUGAGUCUGAGCGGAAAUCAGAUAAAGACUAUUGAGGAUUUGGCACCAUUGUGCAACCUACAAUCACUACAUUACCUUGACCUGUUUGGAUGUCCCGUCACUCUUCUACCCGACUAUUCAAAGAACCUAUUCUCAAUGAUCAAGUCAUUGAUUGUACUCGAUGGUUAUGAUAAACAAGGAAAGGAAAUGGAUGGAGAUGAUGACGACGAUGACGACGAUGGAGAUGAAGAAGAAGACGAAGAUGACAGUGAAGAAGAAGAGGACGAAGAAGAAGGCCAAGAAGAUGGUGUAGAGGACGACCAGGAAGCUAUAACAAAACAAAUACUUGCAGAUCAAGGAGUUGAGGAAGAUGACGACGCAAGCAGCAAUAGUAGUAGUAGUAGCGAUGUGUCUGAUGAGGAGGAAGAAGAGUUGGACGAUGAUGAUGAGACAACGACGAAUGGAAUCGAGAAUGGUGGUCACAAGCAGCCUCUUAUGAGACAGCAACAACAACAACAAGUGGUCGAAGAAGAUGAUGAUGUUAGCGACUCGGACGAAUCCGAAGACGAUGCCAGUGUGAGCGUCAGUAGCAGUAGUAGUGACAUCAGUGACGACGACGAGGUCAAUGAGCCGGAGGAGCAGAGCCACGGCAGCACAUCUGGCCUGAGAAUACCACAGAGCAAUAGACAACCGGUUGCCCAAGACUAUGAUGACAGCCAAGAUGAAGACGACGAUAGUGACGACCAGAGUGAGGACAUUGUGCCACCAAGCCGAGUGAAUGGCAUCAGUGUCCAACCAGACGAUGUUGACGAUGAUGAUGAUGAUGUUGUCGAAGAGGACGACGAAGAGUCCAGCGAUGACCAGUAUGAAGCACCAACGGCGUCUACAUCUGGCAAGACCGUAAAGCAACAACAACCAAAACAACCGAUUGAUGAAGAUGACCAUGACUACGAGUCAUCCUCCAGUGUGGAGGACGAUGAGGAAGCCAUUGCCGAGGAUGAAGAGGUGGAGGAGGAUCUUGAAAUGGAUAACUCGGAGGAGGACAAACUGGUGGAGCACUACCGCGCCCUGAGGAGUCAAGGUGUUCAGCCUGGCCAAGAAGACAACCAUGAGAUUGAUGUUGAUGACGAAGACGACGAUGAGCCAUCAGAAGAGGACGUCGAUCAUUCCUCCUCGGGAGAGGAGGUAGAGGACCUGGUCAGUCACAAGAGGAAGAGUAGGGAUGACGAGCUGGACACAAGAUCAAAGAAAAAAGUACUGUAG